GUCGGUAAGUUGGAUUAAUUAGAUCAUUGUAAUCCGUCCUAAUCUUGUUCAAAUCCAUCCAUCUGUACGUCUCUCUGGCCCCCCACAAUUUCCUUUGUGAUUAUUUAACAGUUUUGACUGUUAUGGAGACAUUUUGUUUACAAUAUCACCUUAUACCGUUAUAUAUCUAAUAAGACUGGCAAAUACGGCUUAACACGCUGAUAUCGAUCGUCAACUGCCGACAGAUGGUCAAUCUAUAGAGAGACACAGUUUGUUUGUGUCUGAAUUCGAAAGUGAAAGAAAUUUGUAGUUACUUGAAGAGAAAAGGUAAGAUUGAGAGUUUCCAGUUCUUUCUUAAGAACGUCCAAACGAGUUUAAGAGGACUUUGCAUUUAUUUACCUAAACAGUAGGUUAAUAUAAUACAAUUUAAAAUUUGUGGUAUUGUUUGUUAUGCUGUGAAAGAUUGUUAUUGGCGAUGAAACCGAAGUGUGACCAUUUCGGUGAAAGCUUCUGAAGAGAAAAUAGUGCCUUCAGUAUCUCGAUAUAAAGUCAAAGUUAGCCACGAGUUUUCCCGUGAACGGUGUGCAGCUAACCAAAUAAAUGAAGGCAGUGUGGCCAUCAGACAAUUAAACGCCAAAUGUUUAUGUUUCUUUAAUUGCACAAGGAAGUUUUGACCAUGUAGCUAUUGAGUUUGUGGUUGAUUGAAAACCAGUGUAACAUUUGAAAGGAAGUCUAUUGAGCGUUGCUUUGUUCAGUACCACAUCGAUGAUAUCUGAGCGGAGUAACAGACUUUAAAUUGACCUCGGUGCUUUGGUCGAUGUAGGUGGAAUUCUAUAUUUAAACUUUUGCCUAGCGAACCACAAACACGUGCCUUGAAAUAAGAUAACAACCAUCAGAUACGUCCCUUGUGAAUAUGAUAUAGCAGUGUAAUAGCACACUCUUCGGGAACCUUUCAAUACUUCCUGUAAAAUUCCUUAACGUACAAGGGACAUAAUUAGUUCACAUAACUUAUAUCUUUCGGAAGUUUCAUUAAAUAAGAAAAUUCCCAGACGGUUUAAUUCCUUGGUUCAAUACGAAAUUAGAAUGGCACUCUUCAGUUUGCAAGAAACAAGAGAAAACUUCAAUCAUUAGGAGUUAUAAAGCAAUUGAUUUCAGUUGUGAUAAAUGACGUUAUAAAUAUUCAUGUAUGAGAGAUGAAUUUUUAUUUCCUAACAAAUUUUGUACACAAACUAAAAAAGGGUUUAAAAUGAAAGUGCUCUGGCACAGGUAUAAGCAUGGAUAUAAAUGUGCAUUUUACACAUUUAGAUCCUGCUCUCUUGGAGGGGAAUUCUAUAUCGGUACGUUUAACCUCACAGCCCCUGCGGAAGUGCAUUUGGUCACGUCCGAAUCUUAUUCAUCAGUAAAUAAGGAAAUUAUUUAUCAGCCAUUUAGCAUACGCAUUAUCGGGCCAUAACGUCGUUAAGCGGCAUAUUCAAGGCAUAUCAGUGCGGCGGAAGGGAUACAGAGGGUACAAGAUAACUUGAGUUUAAGUACUUUCAGGUAAAUUCUAAUACGAUAUUUUCCCAGCUGAGGUUUCUGUUUUCACAGCUCCCUUAACACAAUGUACGGGUUAACGACCGACAAAAUCGUAAUUCUGUUGUUUACAACAUUAACUUGAAGCACAGAAAUGACGUUAUGUGCAAGAGUCGCGGAUCAAACCCUCAAACAAAGCUUAAAAUCGCGCAAAUGUCGGCACAUUUGAUUUAAACUUUUGUCUUCUCCGACCACAUCUGUAAGAGGGUCAUAUGGCUGCAAUAAAGGACUGAAGACAGUAGAAACCGAUGUGAAGUCACUCAACCACUUUCAUCCAUUGCUGAAUCAUCACAUAAUGUGUGUGUUAAUGAUAGCGUCUCUCUGAUGAGUUACCAUUUGUAACUGUUGCGCUGUUUGUUUGUAUCUGGUCAUAGAAGUAGGCCUGAUGCUAUAGGAUCAAAUAUUUAAAGUGUUAUGAUAACUGCGUCAAGAUUUCAAUAUUUCAAUUGUUCAUUUCUAGAGAAAGACUGUUUUUAUAAUUAAACAAAACAUUUCUUAUUUCAGGUUCAUCGAUUUGAAGCCUGACGUUUGGAAGCGGUUUGGCUCUUAGGAUCAAGAGUCAUGUCAGGUAUUUCUGUUUGAACACUUUGCUGCUAAAUAAUCUCGUGCAGGACAUAAUUUCUCCUUCCAAUAUGAUACAAUAUCAACAAGACAAGCGAUAACAGUAAGGAAAAAUAUCAAUUUUUAGUUGAUCCAAUACCAAAUUCUCCAAACUUACAUCAUAAGAAUAAUAUGGAGGGUAGUAAGGAGAAUUACUUAGGAAGUCUUGGGUGUUGAAGGAUUAAGUUUUUUCUUAAUCAUAAUUUUGAAGAAGAUAAUAAGAAGAAGAUAAUUUGGGAAGAUAAAUCAGUUUUGCAUUACUAUUAGUGUUUGUGGUGUUAUCAAUACAACAGAGAAGUGGAUGCUACUCCAGAAACUACAAUCCUCGUCCAAACGAAAAUAGAUCGCAUAUUGUGCAUAUAUACGCUCAAGUUGGCAAAGGCGUUUGCCAUCCUUUCAGUAAUGAAAUCCAUUUUUUCUUAUCAUAUGUAGCAAUUUUACUGAAUAUUUCAUUUAUCCGACUCAUCAAACAAACGUUCCGCAUCUAUUUCACUCACUGCUCUUGACCUAGACAUGUGAGGAACGUGAUUCAGAAUGCAAACUUCACAAAAUGUAUUUGCAACAGAUCAAUGAGGUCUUUAAAGUCGAAUCACUAAUAUUUUGACGUGGCUUAAGUGAAACUGAUACAUCUUCGACAGUCGCUGAAAAUUUGGGUACGUUUUCCAACACCGAAUUUUUAGUGUUAAAGCUUAGCCCUUGUUCCAGGCAUCCUAUAUGAAUAAACUGCUAAAAUGAGAAAAAAAAAAGGAUCUUUCCGGUCAGAAAACUAUCUCUCACAGCCUAGAAUCAAUAGAUCUUAACUACUCCAUCAGCCUUAACAUCAUGGAUAAUUUUCUUCUAAAGUUCAAUACGGUUUUGAGGAUAUCAAUACAAUAUCAAGCAGACAAAUGAUGAAAACAAAGAAAAAGUAUCUAUUAAGGGAUGAUUAGUUGAUUUGAUAGCAAAUUUUCCAACCAACGUCAUAAGAAUUUUAUGGCAGAUAGUAAAGAGAAUUACUAAUGAGAUGUAGUGAAUUCAAGGGUUAACUCUUCCGCAAAUUAUAACGAUGGAAAAUGUUACAAGAGUCGAUAGCUAAAAAACUCGAAGUGAAAUUGUCGCUUCACAAAAACAUGCUUUUUUUUCAAUUUGCAAGGAUGUUUGCGUUAUCCAUUCCGCCUCUAACUGUCCUUACUUCAUAUCAUUUUUCGUAUAUGCAUUUGAAUAAGAUCUUUUAUGAAUAAGCUACGAACAGAAUCACCACCAAUUGACCGGUUGUUCUUUACUGUAAAGCCCAACAUUGCAGAUGACUUUACUCUGGAAAUGACAUAAUUUGACUUUUCUAGUUACCAACAAAAUCUAAAACAAAAAACAGAAAAAAAAAGAGCAUGGUAUUCAUUAUUGAAGAUCAUUUGAAGAUAGUUACAAAUAAUUAUGUCCGAUUGGUGUAACGUUACCCCGUUCUUUGUCUUCGCUAUAUAUAGAUUUCUUACUAUAUUUUAGCUCUUAAGCAUCAGGGUGGGCCUUAUUGCAAGAAAGAAAGCGCGUAUGCUUGAAAAUUUACGGUAUCUCAGUUAUCAAGGGGUUUACCUUAAGCCUAUCUAUUUGUAGAAAUGUUUGAAUGGGAUUAGUAAGAUAAAAGGAAAGAUAACGGAAUUCUUGUACCGGUAGUCGGUACUUCUGUCAGGCAAUAGCUGCAUCAAAGGCAAAACAAUAGAAUUUAGCUCCUUUGGAUUUUCUAUCAAAGACAGACAAACAGAGACGUGAAGUUGAACGCCGCGCCUAUGGGUUAGUCAAUUGUCCUCAAGUGAGGUUAUCAAUCAAUCAAUCUCACAGACCUGCCAGAGACAAACAAUGCUCACGAAGGAUAAUUUGUAAAGAGUUUAGGCCAAUUAGAAAGCCAAUUAGCUUUUGUAAUAAGCUCUUUUCCUGAGCACCAUAUCGUUGGCAACCAUGGAUAUCUUGGCAAAGUUAUCACGACUCUUCUGAAAACUGCUCUAUGUUUCUUCUUCCAACAAGUAUGGGAACUGGGCUCAGUUUACCCUGACUCGUGUUUGACUAUUUUCGAUGUAAUUUGUCGCUCCUAUUUAAUGAAAAACGUACAACAAGUAUAUUUAUUAGGUUGAAAGCCUAUACAAGACAUCAAAAAGAAAAAACUGACAAGUGCUUUUAUAAGAAAACAUUGUGUUACAGCACCACCUAAAACAAAUGAAUGACAAAACUACUGUCUGUAAUUUUUUUUUUAUUAGGAAGAGUGGGCAUAGGAGGGUUGAUUGGAGAAGGGAUCUUUGUUUAUAAGAGGCGGCUUAUCAGAGAGGGAGGUUAUCAGAGAAAGGGGCCAAUAAGAAGGACGAGUUCUCUAGAGGGGGAAGCCUUUCGGAAAUGGGAGUUUACGAGAGAGGGGGACUUAACAAAGAGGGGACUUAUUAAAGGGGGUAUAGAGAAGGGGGCUAACUAGAAAGGGACGUUUCAUAGAAGGGGAGGCCCUUUAGAGAGGGGGGUUUAUUAGAUGGGGGGAUUUAACAGACAGGGGGUGGCUUAUUUAAUAGGGGGCUAAUUAGAGAGGGAGGUUAUUAGAGAAAGAGGAAAAUUAGAGAGGGAAAUUUCCUAGAAGGGUAGGCGUUUUAGAGAGGGAGAUUUAACAGAGAGAAGGGGCUCAUUAGAAAGCGAGCCUAUUGGAAUGGGUAGUCUAUAUAGAAUGAGAAGCUCGUUGCAUUUUUUAUAAUAAAUACAAUAGUUGAGUCUUGAGGACUAAAAGGCUACACCCUGACACUAAGUUUUUGUUUUUUUUUCUCUUUCUCUUCCUAGAAAUUUGAUUAAAUUUUCUGACUUUGUCUCACAAGGGAUUAAUCGAUUGAAAAUCUGAUUGGGGUGCACGUGUGGGAUGUGUUUUUAUGGAUUCUGUCUCUGACCUUGAAAAUUAGUUGAAGUGCUAUUACACAACCUCGCCUUCCUUAACGGUUUCGUUACCAAUUCAGUUCUAAGAGGAGGUUCAAAUGUUUGCUAUGGUGAUAAAAGUGUGGAAAAACCAUAUCUUUGUGAUAAAAAAUGCCCAGUUCCGAAACAAGGGGGCAUAAAAACGAAACGUGCUCUAAUCCAGAUCAAAAUGGAUAAAACCUUUCCCCUAUUUCAGACAAAGUCAGCUAUUAAUAAAUUCAGAGAAAAUCCAGUCGGCGCCGCGUAUAUUUUUAGACCAAAGAGAGUCUGCACAUGCAGGAAUCUCGGUGUGGAAGGAUUAAUUAAAGCUAUGCUUCAAAUGAUCUUAUUUUUUCCUGUCACCUAAAAGGGUGUUAUCAAGACCCACAGAAAUUAUUGAACUUGUAGGCUUGUCACUUCUAUCGUAAUACAAUUUAUUACACGAUGAUGGUUUUGAGGGCAUCUUGUAAUCUUUAUGCUUUGUUGAGAGAGCUGAUCCCCCUGGAGAAGUCUUCAUUAACAAGAUAAUUGCACCGAGACACCAUAGGCUAAUCAGCUUGUUAAUGGAGACAAUCCAACAAAAUAGCAUUCAGGAAACACACUCUCAUCUUUAAAAUACACCCAAGUUGUCGAAUAGUGAGAAAAAAGAGCCUCCUGACCCAGACCAGACUUCUUAACUCAAUAAAUGUUACAUCUAUUAUUAUCUUUCCGGUCGGAAAGUGACCUCAUAAAGACUGGCUCACUAAAAUUAUAUAAGCAACCAUAUGUGUCAUUGAUAGGUAUCCGUAAUAUAUGAUUAUAUGAUCUUUUAUCGCUCUUGAAAGUUUCAUGUUCCUCGUAUAAAAUUUAGUUUGCUCUUAGUGCAUUUUGAGAGAUUGUCGUAAGAACCAGAAAAUUCAAUCUAAGCCUCCAAUAAGAAUAUAGGAAAAUAUUUCAGCGAGUCAAUGAGGACUCUAAGUAAAUUCACCGAACUGACUUACAGCGCUGGAAAACGAGAGGAAACAGGUCGCUUAUGAUUUUGGUGUUGCAUCUGAUUUCUUGAGAAAGUAGCUCGAAGUUAUUGAAUGAAUUGCAAAAUGCUGUAGAACAAUGCCUAGAAGUUGCAAUCUGGCAUCACUUUCGAUACGCGACCGAAGAUUGCUUUGUCUGUUUGAUAUCCAGAAUCUUUGACAGUGUACAUGAACGGAGGCACAUGUACUGUUAAAGAGAAGACGCUUGCACAAAUUUUCUUAAAGCGUCUAAGUUUGCUGCAAAGUAUUAUAAGUCAUGAUCACUUUCCCACGUUCAACCUUCGACACUCUCUUUCCACGGUCGCUAGCAAACUUCAUAACUGGCAUUAAGUUUUCUGGGCGAGUUCAUAACCAAUAUAUUUAUGCAAUUUUUCUUCACUUGUUUUUACACAGAACGCAACAAUCCCGAGAAGGAACAGAAACAAACUCGAUACAAGAAUACCAUACACUUGUGGGAGUUUUUAUUGGAACUUCUGGAAGACGAAAGAUACAUCCCGUUAAUUUCAUGGACAAAGAAAGAAGAUGGAGAGUUCAAGAUUAAGAGACAGGAAGAAGUAGCCAAACGAUGGGGUCGCCUAAAACAACGAGCAGGAAUGAAUUAUGAUAAACUAAGCCGUGCGCUGAGGUAUUAUUACCAGAAAGGAAUUAUAAAGAAGGUUAGUGUUGGAGAAUACUCAAUUUUGCCUCCGCGCAAGUUACGCUGAGCAAAUUGUAUCUGUUACGUUACAGCGUGACAUUUACGCAUAUGUUUAAGGUCACGCAAUGAUAUCACGUUCAUAACAUUGAUAACGAAUAACACUGCAGAGUUUAGUCAACACGCCCAUUGGCUGCAAUAUCAUUUCAAUCUACUUCAUGAAAUUUAGUUUUCUCUAUUAUUAUAGGAGCCCUGUCUGUGAAAAAAUAGGCAUCGAGAGUGAAACAUCGAGGAAGCCUGAAAUUGUAGAGGAAGUAAACUCGUACUUCAGCACUAGCACAGGCAAUAUACCUUAACAAUUAUAAAGCGGAGCAAUGCUCUGUUUUGAGAUGCAGUUAUCGCCUGGUGCAUUCUUCAAAACCACGAGACAGUAAUAGUUUUAGCCGUAGGGCGAAAGGACUGUAUACAGUGAAAUGAAGGCCAUCACGGAACGCGUGUAAUGCGCGAGGGGACGAGCAUUAAGAAAACUAUUUCUAUCUCUUUUUCCGGCAAUGUGACACAUUUUCAGGCUAAAAUAUAGAUUUUUGCGAGCUAGAAUGCAUUUUAUCCCGCUUACGCGACUGUUUUGUAUUUUUUGUGAUAGUGACCAUGAUACAGUUUAUGUACUAGGACAUGAAAUGGUUUGGGCUCCGUUAUCUGAACCCUCGCCCAAUGGCUCGGGCUAAAAUGACUCUGGGUCGGGCUAAAAAAACCUAUUGAUACCCGGGAAAAUAAAUAAACGCAGUUUAGUUAUUCUAAGAUGUUUUCCCUUUUUACGUUAGGUACAAGGUCAAAGACUUGUGUAUAAAUUCCACAAACUUCCUUACGCGUACAAACCGGUGAAGUAUAACUGGCCUUGGCGACCGCCCGUAGAGGACAACUCCAAACCAGAAAAACCUGAUAUCGUUUCCGUUCCGGUUUCGUUGACGACGCACUGGCCACUGAUGUCCAUGUUUCACUCAAAUAGCCAACCACAGCGUCAGCUCAGCACACCCGCGAACCACCAUUACAGUUGUCUUGAAUGUACUCCGCGAACCCAUGCGCCAACAGUUUGUAGAAGCCAGAUAAUGUUUCCACCAUGUAGUUGUAGGGGGUCAGCGGUUUACGGAUGCGGAUUGCGCAUGCUCCACGAACCAAGCUCUAUGCCUGUUCAAGUGAUAACGAGAUUUGUUUAGUAAUGCUUUAAGAUGGUCGCACAUGGCCGCUCUUUAUUUCAUUUGUACAAAUUUUGAUAAAAUGAUCAGAAAAAAUUGCUUUCGCCAUCGUGUGAACGUUUCUACAAGAACUGAAGAUUAAAAACGUAUCUGAGAACAAGAUAAUUUCUCGUGAGACCUUGCGACUCAGAGUCCACAUGCAUGUUAUUUUACCUUCAGAUAAAACGUUACCCGAAACAAUAACGACCGACAAUAAAAUCACUCGAGAAAAAAAGGUGAGAUAUUGUUUUAAGGUAAGAACGGUUAGAAACGUGAGUGUUUGAAUAUGCAGUUCAGCUAAAUGUAUUCCUUUGUUAUGUAAUAAACAGCAACAUUAGGUAGCUUUAACUUACAUGUAGCCCAUGUAUACUUUGUUUGGCCUUGAAAGUAGUAAAGUAGUAGCAAUAGACUUUCAUCACACAUCGGCAAUUUCGAUUACUUGGACAAUAAAAACCUGUUUCUCGUAUAUUUGUUUUACGCUUCGAAGUUAGUCGGGCAAAUUCUUUAAAUUUAAUGCAAAUUAUAACAUAGCUAGUAAAUUUGUCUAAUCAAAUUCAAUAGCGCGAGCGUGCUUCAUAUUCCUAUUGUGCAAGCUCAUGACGUCAGCAAACAAAUCCCUUGAGAAAAAAAAUUUCCAUCGGGUUGAAAAUGUGAUAAAACAAUUGGCCCAUGCGUCAGCUGUGCGUUCAUCGAGAUAUGAAGCACGCGGGAAGUUUGGAGAGCAC